CCAAUCCCUCUCUCUCUCUCUCUCUCUCUCUCUCGCGGCCAUAUCCUUGUUGCACAGCUUCCCACGCAAUAUACAAGACCAGAAGUCAAUACAUAAAAUCUCGGUGAAAAAGCAUGAAAUUUUAGGACUCCUCGAGCGUUGAAUGCUUCCGGGGGGGGAAGUUCGAGCUCGUCGGGACGUCUUUGUGCCUGCUUGAUUCCGCAAUUUGGCUGUAAGUUGAAGAAUUUCGGAGCUAGUUCAUACCCAGUAGCUGGCUAUGGCGAAACAAGCGAAUACCCUCUUUCUUGAAGACUGGUUGAGAAGCAACAGCGGCGGCGGCGGCGGCGGUGUCAACAGCGCCGGCAACGGUCCUACUUCAUCGUCGUCCGCUCGAGCAAUAAUUCAAGCCUGGGCCGAGCUCAGAGACUGUCUUCAGCACCAAUCUUUCCAACCCCACCACCUCCAAUCCCUGAAGACGCUCCUCAACUCUGAGGCUUCCCUUUAUGUCGCGGACCCUCAAGCCAAGCUUUUGAUCUCGACCCUCUCUUCUCCGAACGUCUCUCUCCCUCAGGAGUCGCAUCCCAUGUUUCUCAGGCUCCUCUAUUUUUGGGUAAGGAAGUCCUUCAGGCCCAAUCCCGUGCUUAUUGAUUCUGCCGUGGAGGUUGUGUGCGGAAUUGUUGUUUCGGCGAGGUUUGAUUCGGACUGGGGCCGUUUGGUGUUCGCCGAGGGUGUUCUUGUUCUGGGUGCAUUCUCUGUCGUGCCUGCCGCAUCCGAUGCCUCGAAAGUUCUAUGCUUGGAGUCCAUUUGCAGGCUGUUGGAACAUGGUGGUGCAUUGAUGAGGUUGUAUGAAGGAGUCAUAGCGAAUGUCCUUGCGGGAAUUGGAUAUGCUUUAUCUUGUCCUGUCAAUGUUCAUUACGAUAAAUUUGUGAGCUUUUUGUUGGGAGUUUGGGGGGGUGAAGAUGGACCUGAGAUUAAUAUUCCAAGUGGACUUAUGAUUCUGCAUUUGAUUGAAUGGGUGAUCUCUGGAUAUAUCAAUUCUCGUUCUUUCGAAAAGAUUAGGUUGUUUUCGCAGAUUGCUUUGGAAAAUUCAGAGGAGAAGUAUGUUCCUUAUGCUCUUUCAAUGGCUGCUGGUGGAGUAUUAAGAGCUUCCAAUAGACUUGCAUCUCGUGGUGCAGGGUUGGAGAUUCUUGGAUUGAGAAGUAGUGCAGAAGACAAGAUGGAAUAUCUCGCCAGUGCAUUGAUUUCCAGAAUGGGAGAUCCUGGGAAUUUUAUUGACUAUCCUGCGGAUAGACUCCUUUUACAGUGUUUAGCCUUAUCAGUUGCUCGGAGUGGCUCGUUAUCUUCAAGAGCCCCCUUUCUUAUAUGCCUUGCUUCUGCAUUGAUGAAUGAAAUUUUUCCCUUGAGGCGUUUAUAUGCCAAGAUACUUGAUAAUUCUCCUAGCGGUUCAGCUGGAAUAAGGCACAGUGAGGUUAGAGAACAUGUGGAAAGUGUUCUAUUUAAAGAAGGAGGAGCUGUGACUGGCAUUUUCUGCAAUCUUUAUGCUUCUGCGGAUGAACAAAACAAAGCUCUUGUGGAGAAUCUCUUCUGGCGUUACUGUUGUGAUUUGUAUGUGGGUCAUCGGCAACUCGUUCUAGUGUUUCAGGGCAGAGAGAAUAAUUUACUUGGUGACUUGGAAAAAAUUGCCGAAUCUGCUUUUCUAAUGGUUGUCAUGUAUGCAUUGGCAGUUACAAAGCAAAAGUUAACUCCCAAACAUAGCAAGGAAACUCGGAUGGAGGUGUCGGUGCAGAUAUUAAUUGCAUUUUCUUGUUUAGAGUAUUUUCGGCAUAUUAGGUUGGCUGAGUAUCUGGAUACUGUUAGGGCAGUCCUUCCUAGUGUUCAGGAAAAUGAGUCUGCAUGUGUAACAUUUGUAGAGUCAAUUCCUUCUUAUGCUGAUCUCACAGUUGGCCAAGGAUCAGAGUACUGUUGGUCCACAGAUGACGUGCAGACUGCUCGCAUAUUGUUUUACCUACGGGUUAUUCCAACCUGCAUCGAACAGUUACCAAGUGCAGUCUUUAGGAAAUCUGUGGCUCCAACUAUGUUCCUAUAUAUGGGACACCCAAAUGUAAAAGUAGCUCAAGCUGCACACUCUUUGUUUGCUGCAUUUGUAUCUUCUGGUAAAGAUUCUUUUGAGGAUCAAAGAGCGUCAUUAAAGGAGCAGCUUGUGUUCUACUACAUGCAGAGGUCUUUAGAGGCAUUUCCUGCCAUCACUCCUUUUGAGGGUUUGGCAUCUGGAGUGGCAGCCAUUGUUAGACAUCUUCCUGCUGGUAGUCCAGCUAUUUUCUACUGCAUACACAGUAUUGCUGAAAAGGCAAAUAAGCUAUGCAAUGUAGAGUUUGUUCAUGAUGGUCAUAUGUCCAUGAAAUGGCAAGGAGAGUCAGAACCUUGCAAAAAUCUGCUGGAGCUGCUUCUGCGCCUUUUGUCACUCGUUGAUAUUCAAGUAUUGCCAGACUUGAUGAAGUUGUUGGCACAGCUGAUAGUCCAGUUACCGAAAGAUGGCCAGAGCAUGGUGCUCAAUGACUUGUAUGCACAGGUUGCAGAGUCUGAUGAUCUUACCCGCAAACCCACAUUAGUUUCAUGGCUGCAGUCAUUGUCUUACGUAUGUACUCAAGCUAAGUCAUGUGGGAGUGAUAUCUCCGAGAUUUCUUCAUCGAGGAAAGAAUCACCAAGUUGGAGUGCUAAACUUGCACGACUUUAAAAUGUUGAGAUGCCGGCAGUGGGAGGUUCUUCAAUUCUGAGAUUCAAUUAUGCUUAUUGAUAUGUCAACAAGAGAACAAGCAUGCGGCCUCGUCCCCAACAACUCUGGUCAUGUUGCAUAUCCAAAAACCAACAAAUGAAUACCUUAGUGAUUGGAUUUUUGCACAUUGUUAACUUGGUCAAUCUGUCUUAUAGAGCUGAAUCUUGAACCUGCGAAGAUGACCUGUCAUUGAAAUAUCAACAUAGAUUUUUAAAACAGAUCAGAGCUGGCAGACCAAAUGGAACUCCACUGCUUAACCUCACUCCUGACCAGAGUGGAGAUUAAAUUUCCAGAUGCAAAGCUAUUAGAUCCCUCCGAGUUGCUUGUAUUUUUCUGCCGAACAUAAUCCUGGUCUGCUGCAGCUCAGAGACUCUGCUUAUGUUUACCUAACACAGGUUCCAAAUACUCCUUUUCACCCAGAUACCGGAAUGUUCUAUAUCCGCAUGCUAUCUGCUAGUUGUAUGAACUAGAAGAGGAUACUGUUUAUUCACACGUAUAGUGGAUGCCACAAUAUGAGUGGAGUCGACAUUUCAAUCGGCAUGUGAAAGGGAUUGAGCAUGUUCCAACAAUGUCCACAAUUAAUCUGAGGUGAUGGCGGAGUAGCUACUGAUUCAUAGUGAUGGGGACUAUUGCGGAAUGGGAGAAGAGGUUUACCAAAAAGACUAUGCAUGGGGUCACAGAUGAAGACAGGUGCUUAGGAACAGUAUGUUUUAUAAGCUUAAUUUCAAUGCUUUUGUCGGGCACUCACUGGUUUCCCAGAGUUCCUUUUCUUCUCGUCCUCUCUUUUUUAUUCUUUAUUCCAAGUUGUUGAUGGUCCCCUUGCGCCACAGUGACCGCACUGGCCCUCCUUUCAACCGGAAGUUUUCCUGAAUUGGUUGGCCAAAAAAGAAAGAGAUAAUAGUAUAAAUAAACUUCGAUUCAGUGUGCGAUCUCGUUUUCGAACUUUUAAUUUGUGUAAUGUGGUUCAUAAACUUAGACUCAAUGUGUAAUGUCUUCUUUAAUAUUUAAUUUAUCCAAGUAAA